AUGAGGGAGAUCGUUCACAUCCAGGCCGGCCAGUGCGGAAACCAGAUCGGAGCUAAGUUCUGGGAGGUGAUAAGUGAUGAGCACGGCAUCGACCCAACCGGCUCCUACCAAGGUGACAGCGACCUGCAGCUGGAGAGGAUCAAUGUCUACUACAAUGAGGCAUCAGGGAUUACAGGCAGCAAAUAUGUCCCGCGUGCCAUCCUGGUGGAUCUGGAGCCAGGGACCAUGGACUCGGUUCGUUCCGGCCCGUUCGGACAGCUGUUCAGGCCCGACAACUUUGUCUUUGGUCAAAGUGGAGCAGGAAACAACUGGGCCAAGGGUCACUACACCGAGGGAGCUGAGCUGGUCGACUCCGUCCUGGACGUGGUGAGGAAGGAGGCGGAGAACUGCGACUGCCUGCAGGGCUUCCAGCUCACCCACUCUCUGGGUGGGGGUACAGGCUCGGGGAUGGGCACGCUGCUCAUCAGCAAGAUCCGCGAGGAGUACCCCGACCGCAUCAUGAACACCUUCAGCGUCAUGCCGUCCCCGAAGGUGUCCGACACCGUGGUGGAGCCCUACAACGCCACUCUGUCUGUCCACCAGCUCGUGGAGAACACGGACGAGACCUUCAGCAUUGACAAUGAGGCCCUGUACGAUAUUUGCUUCCGCACCCUGAAGCUGACAACACCUACCUACGGAGAUCUCAACCAUCUAGUGUCAGCCACCAUGAGCGGCGUGACCACCUGCCUCCGCUUCCCCGGCCAACUUAACGCUGACCUCCGUAAGUUGGCUGUAAACAUGGUACCCUUCCCUCGCCUGCACUUCUUCAUGCCGGGCUUUGCGCCUCUCACAAGCCGGGGCAGUCAGCAGUAUCGCGCCCUCUCUGUGCCGGAGCUCACGCAACAGAUGUUCGACGCCAAGAACAUGAUGGCGGCCUGUGACCCUCGUCAUGGACGCUACCUCACAGUGGCGGCCAUCUUCCGCGGGCGCAUGUCGAUGAAGGAGGUGGACGAGCAAAUGCUGAGCGUGCAAAACAAGAACAGCAGCUACUUUGUCGAGUGGAUUCCGAACAACGUCAAGACCGCCGUCUGCGACAUCCCACCCCGGGGUCUCAAGAUGUCCGCCACCUUCAUCGGUAACAGCACGGCCAUUCAGGAGCUGUUCAGGAGGAUCUCCGAGCAGUUCACGGCCAUGUUCCGCCGCAAGGCCUUCCUCCACUGGUACACCGGAGAGGGCAUGGAUGAGAUGGAGUUCACCGAGGCCGAAAGCAACAUGAAUGACCUGGUGUCGGAGUAUCAGCAGUACCAGGACGCCACUGCAGACGAGACGGGCGAAUAUGAAGAAGAUGAAAUAGAGGAUGAAGAGGAAGCCCCCCAUGACGUUCGCCACUGA